GAGGGUGAGGUCAACCUAGACUGCACAACACUGUGCAUAGGCAGGACCUGCACCCCCUCGGCCGCCAUGAAGCUCAUUUCUCCCAGGGACUUUGUGGACUUGGUGCUAGUGAAGAAAUAUGAAAAUGGAACCAUCUGUUCCAAUGCUACCCAUGUGGAACAUCCGCUGUGUCCCCCGAAGCCAGGUUUCGUGAGAGGAUUUAACCAUCCAUGCGGGUGUUUCUGCGAACCUGUGCCAGGGGAGCCCAGCAAGACCAACCUGGUCUCGUACUUCCAGACAGACCUGAGCGGCUACCUCCCGCAGAGUGUGGUGGACUCCUUCUUCCCACGCAGCAUGGCCGGGUUUUAUGCAAACCUUCAGAAGGCAGUGAGGACAUUCCAUGGAUAAGGCUGUCACCUAAUGGCAAGGAACACGCAUGACCCGGCGGGAACUCUGGUUGUUGGAUGUGGGAGGACGUGGAGCUACUGUGGCCCUUGGGAUGCCAACGUUGAACAGCAAGCCUGAGCGUGCCAACCCGGACAGCAAGCCCCCUUCCUCACUUCCCCCCUCAGCUUUGGCAUGGGAGGAGCUGUCCAUUGCCUGUGGUGCUCACACACCGCCGUCAGGGCAGACUCAGCUGUGGCCGCCUGACGAGAACUCUGCUCAGGCUCUGUGGUCCCAAGCCCCAUGUGCUGUCCUGGAGAACCACCACCCCCGGUUCUGGUCACCAAGUCCCGCUGCCUCUGGCCUCUAGAGCUCUCAGCCCUUUGCCGCAGACACUUGUAUGCAUUUUUUCUGAUCCUGUUUUUAUACUUUUUUUUUUUUACACUGUACAUGAUUUUUCCUCUUACAAAGAUGUCAUACUGGGACAUAAUGUUUUUUAAAUCAUAGAAUAAUCCUUAUGGAAAAAGCACUUUGAAUCAUCCAUCUGAAUUGUAUUCUUAAC